GACCCUCCUUGCGAAAGCGACAGCAGGCGAAGCCUCCGUCCCCUUCCUCUCCGUCUCCGGCUCUGAAUUCGUCGAGAUGUUCGUUGGCGUCGGCUCAUCCCGCGUACGCGACCUCUUCGCCUCCGCCAAGAAGAACGCGCCGUGCAUCAUCUUCGUAGACGAGAUCGACGCCAUUGGAAAGUCGAGAGGGAAGGGUGGGAACUUUGGUGGGAAUGACGAGCGCGAGUCGACGCUCAAUCAGUUGCUGGUGGAGAUGGAUGGCUUUGGGACGCAGGAGCAUGUGGUCGUGCUUGCGGGGACGAACAGACCUGACGUGCUCGAUCCAGCUCUCAUGCGUCCUGGGAGGUUCGACAGACAUAUCGCCAUCGACAGACCAGACGUCUCAGGUCGCAAGGGCAUCUUCCUAGUCCACCUCAAACCCCUCCGCCUCUCCUCAGAACUAGCAGACGUAUCUGUCCUAGCCCAAAAGCUGGCCGUCCUUACCCCCGGUUUCUCAGGUGCCGAUAUCGCCAACGUGUGUAACGAGGCUGCGUUGCAUGCUGCUCGGAAGAGCUCUGAGUACGUGGGCGAGAUUAACUUUGAGAGCGCGAUUGAGAGGGUGAUUGCGGGGCUCGAGAGGAAGAGUCGGGUGUUGAGUCCGGAGGAGAAGAAGACGGUGGCGUAUCAUGAGGCGGGUCAUGCGGUCUGUGGGUGGUUCUUGGAGCAUGCGGACCCGCUGCUCAAGGUCAGCAUCAUUCCUAGAGGUGUAGGCGCCUUGGGUUACGCGCAGUACCUCCCGCCCGAUCGCUACCUCCUCUCCACCCCUCAAAUGUCAGACCGGAUCUGCAUGACGUUGGGCGGGAGAGUCUCGGAGGAGAUUUUCUUCGGGACUGAGAACAUCACGACGGGUGCGCAGGAUGAUUUGCAGAAGAUAACGAGGAUGGCGUUUGAGGCGUGUGCGAACUAUGGUAUGAACACGAUCAUUGGGCCUGUUAGCUAUGGGGGACGCGAAGGCGCGAAGGAGGGCUGGACGAAGCCGUUUAGCGAGAAGACGGGGGAGAUGUUGGAUGCGGAAGUGCGCAAGAUGAUCACUAAUGCUCAUUUGCGCACUACGGAACUAUUGACUAAACAUCGGGAGGAUGUAGAAAAGGUGGCGAAGCUCCUGCUCGAGAAGGAGGUGAUCACGCGCGAGGACAUGAUCGACCUCCUCGGCAAGCGUCCGUUUGCCAACAAAGCCGAUGACAUGGAUAAAUGGCUCGAUGAGAACCGCGGCAACGAGCGCAGCGCACCUCCCCCCAUGGAAGAACCCGCACCUGGCUCUGUGGACCCUGCGCCAGCUCCCAUGGCCACGUCGACAAAGAUAGAAGACUACAAGUGGUAGCCGGUGACCGGUGAUGGUGGAAGGCCUUGCGUCGGGCUUCUGGAUAGACUUGAUGACCUGAUUCGUCGUUGUUGGUCGUUUAGGAUGGGCAUGCUAGGGUGGAGACCGUGGUGGACGGUGGAGAUGUUCUUUUGUAUAGUAUGUCUAUAGCAUAGCGGUCGCGUUUGGUUGACGUACUUGCUAUUCCCCACGCGUGCCCAUUUACGCAUUCCCUUUGCUCACCACUCUAGACAUUUGUCCAUUCAUUACUGAAAUAAAUGGGCCUUUAACUAAUCUCAAUCAUUAUUUUUUUUGUGCUCCCAUUCUGCGUCGACAUUGCAAUAUUGAUCAC